AUGGAGACGUCUGCCUCUGCUUCUCUAACUUCCUCUGGACUCGUUCCUCGUCUUCUUCUUCUUCCUCCCUUGUUCUAUCCUCAAGCUCGAACUACUUCAUGUUCACCUUUACUGUCUUCUUCCUCCUCUGUUAAACUCACUUCUUCUCACCGACGCAUAGCUCCAUCUCGGUGUCUUGCCGAUCAGUCCGCAUCCACCGGGGUCAGUGUUGUUGAUUCGGAUCCCAUUGAUGCUGUUAAGAGGAAAGCUGUGGACAUAUCCCCUCAACUGAAAGGAGCUUCAAUAUUUCUGGUUGGGAUUAAUAACCACGUUAAAACCAACUUGGGGAAGCUUUUGGCUGAGUCAUUGCGAUAUUACUACUUUGAUAGUGAUAAUUUGAUCGCGGAGGCUGCUGGUGGAAAUGUGUCCGUUCAAGGUUUAAAGGAGGCUGAUGAGAAGGCUUUUAAGGAGUCAGAGACUGAAGUGCUGAAGCAGCUAUCAUCUAUGGGUCGGCUUGUAGUUUGCGCUGGAGAUGGUUCAGUCCAGAGCUUGGCAAAUCUUGCACUUCUAAGACACGGGAUCUCCAUAUGGAUCGAUGUUCCUCUGGAAAUCGCAGCUAAAGGAGAUGAUCCAUUCAGCUCAGAACCUUCCCCUGAGUUGUUUGACGCACUAAAAGCGAGUUACGAAAAAUCAAGAAAGGGUUACGAUACAGCAGAUGCAGUUAUUUCCCUUGAGAGAAUAGCUACAAAGCUGGGAUGUGAAGACUUGGAAACCGUAACUUCUGAAGAGCUUGCUUUGGAGGUCCUGAAAGAAAUAGAGAAGUUGACGAGAGUGAAGAAAAUGAUGGAAGAAGCGUCUCGACCUUUCUAG